CCCAUUACUGAUGGACAAAUCUGUUCGGAAACAGAGCUCUUUUAUCGCGGAAUUAGACCUGCUAUUAACGUCGGCUUAUCUGUCAGUCGUGUUGGGUCUGCCGCUCAGUUGAAAACUAUGAAACAAGUCUGCGGUAGUUCAAAACUGGAAUUGGCACAAUAUCGCGAAGUGGCCGCCCAUGCUCAAUUUGGGUCAGACCUGGAUGCUGCGACUCAGGCAUUACUCAAUAGAGGUGCAAGGCUUACAGAAGUACCGAAACAACCACAAUAUGCACCACUUCCAAUUGAAAAACAAAUUUUAGUCAUUUAUGCAGCUGUCAAUGGAUUCUGUGAUCGAAUGCCACUAGACAGAAUUUCUCAAUAUGAGAGCGCCAUUUUAAAGAGUAUAAAAACAGAAUUACUACAAUCCCUUUUAGAAAAAGGUGGCUUAACUAACGAAAGAAAAAUGGAACCAGAUACAUUCUUAAAGGAAUGCGCUUUGGGUUACACAAUAUAAAAGAAAAAAAAAUAGAAAUUAUGUAUGUCAGUGGAUUGAAGAAUUCAAGCUCGAAGACAAAGAGAAGCGGGCUUUUUUUCGCCGGAAGAGGGGCCUGUUGACACAAUCCCAUUUCUUUCUCCCUUUCUUUCCGUUGGUCAACAACCAACAAAAGAGGGAGAGAGAGAUCUCGUUAGUCCUGGUAUGAUUGCCGCGGGUUGUCGUCGGCCCGACGGACUUUGGGAGGGAAGGGAAAGGUCAAGCUGGCGGAGACCCAAGCUGAGAGUAACUGCCCGAGAAGGUCAGUGAGGUUCCAACUGUAGUGAAAUGAAGGAUCUUUCUUAAAGUGAACUAUGGUUGGAAGAAGACAGGCGGGAGUGAGCCGAGCGAGAGCAAAGCGAGUUCCAGUGGUGGGCUGUCGGUCUGU